AUGGCGAACUCCUCGCCCUUCCUCCACAAGACUCUGGACGCACCGUCAGAAAACCCCGCCCCUCUCAGCCCUCUCAAGAGAGAGUGGACAAAUCGCGCAAUGUCUUCCCCCCACGCCUACGACGAAAAUGACAACGAAAACGAAAACGAAAACUACCAUAAUGAACCUGCCUACGAGAACGACCACGAGAACCACGAUGACCAUGACUUCAACGAUGCCAGCUCAUAUCAAGCCGGCGCCAGCUCACCGUUCCAGUACGAGGCACGCGAAGAAACAGUCGAUUUUCAGAGAAUGCGUCAAAUGCGACAGACUUCACAAGCAUACCCGCAAUUAGAUCCUCUUGAAGAAGAAGAUCCCGCAAGUUCGCCGUUUCGCCCAAAUGUCGCGGAUGACACCGUGGACUACCAGAGGCUACGCGAGGUGCAUGCGAUGUCACCGGGGUUGGAUAGGCGGCUUGCUUUGGAGGAGCCGAUGAGUUCUCCGUUCCGACCCCAUGCGGCUGAUGAGACGGCGCAAUUCCAUAACCCGCAGGAAGAGCAAUCGUCGCCUUUGGCACGUCCGGAAUUCCAUCAGUUGGAGGAGGAGAGUCCGCAGAGUUCUCCAUUCCGCCCGCAUGCGAGGGAAGAGACGGUGGAUUUCGAUCAGUUGCGCGAGGUGCAGAAUCAGUCCCCUGUAUUUGAGGCGCAGGCUUCGCCCGAGCCGGAGAGCUCACCGUUCCGCCCUGAUGCUCGGGAGGAGACUGUCGACUUUGAUAAACUGCGCGAGAUGCAGAAUCAAUCGCCUGUGUUUGAGGCGCAGCCUUCACCCGAGCCGGCGAGCUCACCAUUCCGCCCUGAUGCAAGAGAAGAGACUGUGAAUUUCCAGGAGUUGCGUGAGGUGGAGCCUUUGUCACCUGGUAUUGAGAAACGAUUGGCGCUUGAGGAGCCAGCGAGCUCACCGUUCCGACCUGACGCACAGGAAGAGACUGUUGAUUUCGAUCAGUUGCGUGAGACGCAGAAUCAAUCGCCUGUAUUCGAGGCGAAGCCAUCACCUGAGCCGGAGAGCUCACCUUUCCGUUACUCGUACAGGGCUCCAGUCGCGCAUUCACAAUCUCCGCAGCCACUUGAUGCGCGGGAAGGCUCGCCGAUAGCUCCUGGCUCUCCCCGUGCUGAGUCGCCGGGCUCGCCCUUCCAGCCCGAGAACCCAGAGGCAGAGGAGCAAUUGGAACAACAUGUCCCACAGCCAGAACCAUUGGAAGAUUCUCAUCACUCUUCACCUGCCCCAGUGCCUUUUCCCCUCCGCCCAAGUCCAAAGAAGCAGAGCUUUGGUUCUCCCAAGCCAAAUGAGAAGCAAUCAACACCCCAGGAAGAGCGUCGUUACUCGUCUCCUGCGCCAGCACCGGUAUCUGCUCCAGCUUCCCAGCCAAGCCCCAAGGAGCAUACACUAGAUCUUCACAAGCCACGUCGGAUCUCACGGAUCUCCCUGGGUCUCAAUGGCCAGCGCCCGUCCGCCGCAACCCCCCGCAAGAGAUCUUACGAUCAAACUCCUCAGGACCAAGAAGAAAGUAUGCAAAUCCACGCAAGUCACAAGAAAGGCAUGAUCAGCAGACCGGAGCCGCCAAGAAUUCACGUCGACGCGGGAGAUUCUAGUAUGAUUCAAGAUCAGAGCCUGCUUUCAACGGGUGCUGCACAGGACCGUUCAGUCAUCGGAAACAGUCUUAUGGAAGAUAGGCACAACGAGGGCAUGAGUACAGUGCUGCAUGAAGACGGCGACAAAGAGAACGCCACCCAAGCGCACGGAUCAAACGAAGUCUUGAUGGUCGAUGACUCCAUGGAUGACACUUGCUUGAGUACCUUCUCCGCCGUACCGGACAUGACCACAUUUGCGAAGCUUCGAUCCCAGUCCCCGAUGAAGUCUAUGCGAAGCUCAGCCGGGGGACAUCGGCACAGUCUCGAUCCGACAACCCCAGGAACUGGCCGUAGGUCUUACAGAACAAGCGUCCAACUCGAAGAAAACUCGCCUACAGGAUCACCCACCCCAAGGCCUAGAGGUCCUCGGGAGAUGAUGAACCCGGUUGAGUCUGGCAAUUUGCUAGAUUUCUCCGAUUCCAUGAACUUCCACCCUCGUCAGUCCAUGCAGAAUGCUCGCUUCUCCCCGCGGCGCUCGCCCAUGCGGCCUACCAGACAAUCCAUGCGCUCGCCCGGGAAAAUGUCAUCCCUUUUGGACUUUGAUAUCCCGCCUGCUCCCACUCCUCGAUCUAUCCCUACCGUUACUCCGCGUGAGCUAGAAUCGCUCAAGUCUGGCUUCAUGUCGGAAAUUUCUUCACUGAGGGCUACUCUCAGUGGGAAAGAUGCCGAGGUUGCCAGCUUGAAGCAGGCGGUUGUUGACUCCGAGAGACGUGUCGGUGAAGCUCUGGAAGAGCUGCGCAACGAAGCUGCUCUGAAGGAGGAGCUGGAGAUCGAGCAAGCUGAAUGGGGCCGUCGAGGCAAGGAAAUGGAGACCGUUCUGCUGUCUGUACAAUCUCAAUUGACUGACGGAGAACGCGAACGUGAGGGUCUCUUGCAAAGGGCUGAAGAAGCCGACAAGGGCAAAGAAAAAUUGGAACAGAGAGUUGUAGAGCUCGAGAGCCGACUUUCUGCCGCACGUGCUUCUGUACCGUCUACCAACAGUCGCUCUGCUUCUGCUUCGGCUGAGGAUACCGCACGAGAAGUUCAGGAUGCUGUUGAAAAGGUGGCUCGGGAACUGCACACACUCUACAAGGGCAAACACGAAACCAAGGUUGCUGCCCUGAAGAAGAGCUAUGAGCACCGCUGGGAGAAACGUCUCCGAGAGUCCGAGAAGAAACUCACUGCCGCCCGUGAAGAGAUGGAGCACCUCCGCCAAGAGCGUGACAACGCCCAAUCUGAUCCGAUGGUCGCUUCCAACCCCAGUCUCUCCGCUCGCGAGCAUGAAGAGCACGAAGCCGAAAAGCGUGUCAUGGAGGCCCAUAUCCAGGGUCUGGAAGGUGAAAUGGCCUCCCUUAAAGAAGAAACCGCGCGUAUCCGCUCAGACCUCGAGGUCGAACGCGCAGAGAAGGGCGAGCUUGUCGCAGCCGUUGACGAGUGGCUAGCAAUGCAGCAAAACCAGCCCGCGCCCCAACCCGCGCCUCAGCGCGAGCGCGAAGCAUCCGUUGCUUCUUCUCAUGGUCCAGCUGAGGAAACCCGGUUGUCUCGCGACGUGACUCCUGAUGACUUCCGUCGCAGCAUUCCUCGCUCUGGCUCUGGAAAUAUUCGUCCCCCUGCUACUGCUGAGAAGAGAAUUCCUCGAUUCGGUGCUCCUGCGCACUCGCGUGGUAACAGUGGUGGGAAGUCUGGAAUUGCCAUGCCUACUCCUGGUCGAGGGAUUAUGGGUUCCAUUGAGAGAAUGGGUCGUGGUGGUGCUUAG